AUGGGUGCAUCAGGCUUAGGUUCUGGUUUAGCAAAAUGCAUUAAUCUCUCAAAUUUGACACUUCACCUUCGUUUUAGUUUCAUUGGUGCAAUGGGUGCAUCAGGCUUAAGUUCUGGUUUAGCAAAAUGCAUUAAUCUCUCAAAUUUGACACUUCGACUUGAGUAAAAACAGUUUAUUUGUUUUGGAUUGUGA